AUGGAAAGCCACGUCUCUGGUCAAUCCAAUAAGCCUCUUUCGCGUCCAGCGCAUGCUUUACCGGCCGAUAGGGUUGUUGGAGAGCUCAAGUCGAGCCCAGAGACCGGUCUGACCGCUGCUGAGGCGGCCCAGAGACUUUUGGAAUAUGGCCCCAACGACUUGGGCGAGGAAGAGGGUGUCAAGCCCAUCAAGAUCUUCAUCGCCCAGGUGUGCAACUGCAUGACACUUGUCCUAAUCCUCGCUCUCGCUGCCAGUCUCGGCAUCAAAGCCUGGAUCGAAGGCGGCGCCCUCGCAGCCAUCAUCCUCCUCAAUAUCGUCAUAGGCUUCUUCCAAGACCUGCAAGCCGCAAGAACCGUCCACUCGUUAAAGUCCCUCAGCCAGCCCACCGCCAGCGUGUUCCGAGAUGGCAAGACCAUCGUCGUCCAAACCAGCGAGAUUGUCCCCGGCGACAUCAUCGACCUCAAGAUGGGCGACUCGGUACCAGCAGAUAUCCGAAUCUUGGAUGCUGUCAACUACGAGACGAACGAAGCCUUGCUCACUGGAGAGUCGCUACCAGUGCGGAAGAACCCAACGAUGCAAUUCGACGAUGAUACUGGUCCUGGAGACCGACUCAAUGUCUGCUACAGCUCCACCAUUGUCACAAAGGGUCGUAGCAAGGGAGUCGUGUUUGCCACCGGAGCGUACACCGAGAUUGGAGCCAUCGCAGCUGCCCUUAACGAUACAGGACGAAAGAAGAGAGAAGUCAAGCGAGACGAGAACGGCAAAGCAACCUUGGGCGCUCGCCUGACUAAGUGGCUGUUGACCAUCGGUGAUACGAUCGGCGAGUUUCUGGGAGUCAAUGUCGGAACGCCUCUCCAGCGAAAACUGUCACAGCUGUUUCUUUACGUCUUUGGUUUUGCAGUCGUUUGUGCCAUCAUUGUCCUUGCCGCCAACAAGUUCGAUCCUCGAAAGGACGUCAUUAUCUAUGCCGUCGCCACGGCUGUCGGCACUCUGCCAGUCUCGUUGAUCUUGGUCCUGACUAUCACGAUGGCUGCUGGUACGAAGCAGAUGGUCAACCGCAAGGUGGUGGUGAGGAACAUGCAGAGCUUGGAGGCACUUGGAGGUGUUACCAACAUCUGCUCCGACAAGACUGGUACCCUCACUCAGGGAAAGAUGGUCGUCAAGAUGGCCUGGCUUCCAGGAUUUGGCACCUACUCCGUUCCGUCGACCAACGAGCCUUACAACCCUGAGGUCGGUGACAUCGAGUUCACGCCCUUCUCUCCUACGGAGCUGCCUUCAAACACCGACGAGCCCAAGUGGAACACGAUCGAUCGAAACACAGAGCCCAGCACCAACCAGGCGGUGCAGAACUACUUGAACAUUGCCUCUCUUGCAAACCUGGCAACUGUAGGCUUCGAAAGCGAGGAAGGCGGGCCCCAAGAGUGGCGCGUUCAAGGCGACCCUACCGAGAUCGCCAUCCAGGUCUUUGUCACUCGCUUCAACUGGAACCGCAUGACUCUCUCUGCCGGAUCAAACCCUAAGUGGACCCAGCUCGCUGAGUUUCCUUUCGACUCCGAGGUCAAGAAGAUGUCGGUCGUUUUUCAAGAUAACACUACUGGCGAGAGACAUCUCUUCACCAAGGGUGCUGUCGAACGUGUUCUUAGCAGCUGCGUCUCGAUGGAAGUUGGUGACGAUGUCAAACCAAUGGACGACACCGCAAAGGACAGCAUCUUGGAGAAUAUGGAAGCUUUUGCCCGUCUUGGCCUUCGAGUCCUUGCUCUUGCCAGCAGGACGCCCGUUCAUGGCCUUCCUGAAGACUUGUCUGUGGCCAUGGAUCGAUCUGACUUUGAGAAGGACUUGACCUUCCACGGUCUUAUCGGUAUCUAUGAUCCUCCCCGGCCUGAGACUCGUGGUAGCGUGCAGAUGUGCCAAAAGGCUGGCAUCAGCGUGCACAUGCUUACUGGAGACCACCCUGAAACUGCUCGAGCCAUCGCCGCUGAUGUUGCCAUCAUUCCAUCUGCCGACAGAAUGAGACUCAUCCGCGCUGACGUUGCCAAGAACAUGGUUAUGGCCGCGCAUGAUUUCGAUCACUUGUCCGAUGCUGAACUAGACGCCAUGCCUGAGCUUCCCCUUGUCGUCGCUCGAUGCUCUCCCACCACAAAAGUUCGCAUGAUUGAAGCUCUUCAUCGCCGCGGUCGAUACGUAGCCAUGACGGGCGACGGUGUUAACGAUAGUCCUAGCUUGAAGCACGCCGACGUUGGUAUCGCCAUGGGUCUCAACGGUUCAGAUGUUGCCAAGGAGUCUUCCGACAUUAUCCUAACUGACGACAACUUUGCAUCUAUUCUCAACGCCAUCGAGGAAGGUCGCCGCAUCUUUGACAACAUUCAGAAGUUCAUUCUACAUGUUCUUGCUGCUAACGUCGCAUUUGUUAUUUGCCUCCUUGUUGGACUAGCGUUCAAGGAUGAUAGUGGUGUUUCCAUCUUUGUCCUGACUCCUGUGGAGAUCAUUUGGAUGCUUUUGGUUGCUGGUGCUUUUACUGAGACUGGCCUUGGCUUCGAGCAGGCUUCUCCCGACAUUCUCCGCCGACCGCCUCAAAGUCUCAAGUACGGCGUGUUUACUCCCGAGUUCCUUGUCGAUCUUGGAGUCUACGGAAUUCUGAUGCUCAUCUCCAUUCUUGGGUCCUCUGUUGUCGUCCUGUAUGGCUUCAACAACCAGGGUCUCGGACACGACUGCAAUACGAAGUACUCGGAAUCCUGUGAGCCGGUCUUUUCGGCCCGGUCUACCGCAUUCACCACCAUGACCUGGGACUUUCUCCUCUUUGCUUGGCAGCUAGUCGACUCUCGCCGGUCAUUCUUUGCAGAAAUCUUUGAGCAAGGCGGCAGCUUCAAGGCUUGGACCAUGCGCCUGUGGAAGAACCCUUUCCUCUUCUGGUCUGUUACCAUCAGCACUGUCCUACUACCGCCGACUCUUUACAUCCCCGUCAUCAACCGUACCGUCUUUAUGCACAGCCCCAUCGACUGGGAGUGGGGAGUCAUCUUCAUCGCCGUGGGUGUCUUCUUUGCCGGUGCAGAAGGAUACAAGUGGUUCAAGCGUGUGUACUUCCGCCGAACCGUGGCCAAGGAAUUUAGGGGCGAGGUCACUGACGUGGAACUGUAUGUGUUUGGCCGACACAUUGACUCUGACAUGGGGAGCGACUCCAACUAUGACAUGGGCCGAAAGUCAUGA